AUGGCUGCUCCCAGCCUGCUUGCAUGCUUCCAGCAGUUCCCUGAAAUCAUGCAAUGCUUCUCUAUUGACUCGCUGCUACUUCUGUUCCGCCUCCUGCAAUGCCUCAAAGAGCGACUCUCGUGGCUCAAUCCACACGAGUCCGAUGGACCACCUGCGAGCUUACCCUCCGAUGUCAAACGAUUCUUGGCUAGUGCUCUGCAUAUGUCUUCAAGUUCCAACACAUCCGACUCACUCCUUGACCGGUGCUGGAGUGCCAUCGGAGCAUCUGUUUGGGCUAGUGUGAGCAGCACUGCUGACAGCUGGCGGUCCAAAGAGCUUCUCGAUGUCUUCGUCGUGCAUGGAAUUCCUGAAGGGAUAGCUUUCCACGAUCUAUAUCCCCCUGUUCGCUCUUGUCUUGAUCUUGAAUGCGAAAGGGUACAUCGCGGCUCGAGUGCAACUCGCAAGCUGACUCGGCUUACUGCGACACAAUGUGUCAACUUCACUCGAGAGUUUGGACCUGUCCCGGUCGUCUCAUACUCUGCACAGUGCCGAUCUUGUUAUACCCGAUAUUACCCAGACUACUAUGUCCAUGAGCGACGCUCCAUUCGGUCGUACUACCCUGGUCUCCCAACAUCUAUCGAAGUCGCGAAACAUGUAUAUAUCGAGGAUACUCUAUGCGAACACUUUACAGCAUCGAUGGUUGUUGCAUGGGUCUCGGGAUUGAACAAUGCGAAGAUCUAUCAGCUGCAACACAGCGCAGCCGAAGCUCACUUCCCUCUAUCAUGGCCGAUUCGCCCCAAACUCACUGGGCUUAUGGUUUCCGAUGCAUUCUUCCUAUAUGCACUUCUCCGAGACCAUGAUGGGCAUGGCACCCAUCUCAUACUCCGCAAUGAUGCCGAUCACUCAGUCCGACUCGACCAAGCCCUGCGGGAGCGAAAUGCUGUGAUGGUGGGUCCUGGGCAAGAGCACUGGAACCAUAUAUGUGAUCGCUGCUGCACAAGGAAGGUUAUUGAUGAUACGAUUCGGGCAGUGGUCACAGAUGGAGUCACUAUAGGGCGGCCCUGCUGUGGUGUACAUGAUUGCAAGGGUCAGCUACUUUCCCAGCGCGCUCGCUUCUGUUCCGAUCACCUGCAUUUGGAGCGACAAUGCAGUGUUCAUGGUUGCGAGAACGACGUGGAUCAAGGGUCUAAGACCUGCGCCAUCGAGGAGCAUCAGGCGCUGGAGAAAGCAAAUACAAUUCGGCGCACCGCACUGUUUCAGCUCCAGCAGCGGCUCGAGCGACAGCGGCAACAAAACACCGAUGGCGCACCCGAAUUGGAUGGCCCAAAGCUUCGGGCCCGUUUUGGCCGACGAUGGACUCACAACGAGCAGCUCUGUGUUGCGACAUGUGGCGUAGUCCUGGGCCGGAUGACAAUGUAUGGUUCAGAGGCAAUAAGCGGAGUAAAAGUUUUUCUGCAUCGGCUUUUUCCAACUCAGCAAUCACUACCCCGUGUCAUCUUCUACGACAGUGCCUGCCAGCUUAAGAGGCAUCUACUGGCUGCAGGCGACCAUCACUUUGAUGCAGUUGCUCUUCCAGUGGAUGUAUUCCAUAUGAAGAGCAAGCACAAGGAGUCGGACGAUUUCUGUGGCCUUCACUGCAACCCUGCGCUAUGGCCAGAUCUAUAUGAAGGAGGGACAUGGCGGUUCAAUUCGUCGGCUGCAGAGAUGACGAAUGCUUGGUUUGGCCGAUUUUCUUCUAUUGUCCGGGAAAUGCGGCAAGACCGCUACGACUUCUUCCUUGAUGAAGUUAUCAAACAGCGAAACCACAUGACAGUCACAGAGUUAGCUUUACAUGGAUCGAAUCCCUGCCAGCUAGAUCGGGGAUGGUUGUUAUCAGUCCAAUGA